UAACACUGGCCACUUGGUAAUAAUUAUAGCCUAGUGGCUGACCAAGAUCAAAUUGUCUCUCGUAUAUCAAACAUGGCGUUAUGUGUUGGCACUCGAACUGUCACAUCGAGAUCGCUAGACUACCAGAUGUUUAUUUGUGAUACCCAACAGCAAUCGGCUGCAGCAUGGUUAGCCGCGGCUAUGAACGAGGUUAGAAUCGACAAUAAGCAUAAACCAGCCUGUCGUCAGCCGCAGACCGUACAGCCAUUUAGUCGGCCCAACUCGCGGGGCGUACGUAUGCCCGCGUCGAUACUCAGGCCGUGUUCGGCACCGGUAUCGCCGACCGGAGACAUCUCAUCGCCGCCCGUCUCGCCUAACGGGGAGAUCAAAAAGAAUGUCCGCUUCGCUGACUCGGCGCCCGGCGGUCAGCUCGAGUGCGUCAAGUACUACGCCCUGUCGCCGGUGCCCAUCCGUCGACGAUCUCUACCACGUGCCAAUAGUUUGCCUACGGAUGUUACCGGUCAACAACAGCAUUAUGCCUAUUUCAUCAAACCUACAUUCGCUAACCCAUCGCUCCGGGCGGACCAGUUCGCCGAUCGACUGCACCGGCAGUCCGUAUGUUUGCACUCGGUGUCCACCACCGGUACAAACAAUAUCGUCUACGGCCUGAUAGCCGUACGCAACCAUACGUACGCAAAACGCGUGGCCGUCCGUUACAGUAGCGACGAUUGGCGCUCAGCCGUCGAUACGGUGGCCGACUAUAGCCAUACCAGUUGUGGCGCCGAUAUGUUUACGUUUGCCAUCGACUGUAAGCCACUAGAGUUUACGCAACCGAUGGCUACUACCGGUGCUCAACGCGCGCCACCGGUCGCACCGUUUAAUCAACGCUUGCACUUUGUGUGCCGCUACGAGACGGCCACCGGUGACCAGUAUUGGGACAAUAAUGAUGGUCACGAUUAUUGCGUUAAUUUGUUGGUUAAUGAUUAC